AUGUUUGGUUGGUGCAAUGUGUUAGGCCUUCCCUCAGUGAGCUCCGAGCCUGAGAAGGAACGACCUCCCCCUCCUCCCCCCACCCCCCUAGAUUUCCCCGUCUAUCACCUGCCCGACAUCUCGGAUAAGAACCCAGAAGAAUCCCUGACGCAGCUCAACGAAGUUCUGGGCUCCAUCAAACGCCCCUCCGAUAUCAACCCUCAGAAAUUUGAGGCGCUGAACCUGAAGCUGGAAGAGAAUGUGCCGGCCGCGCGGAUCGUUCGCCAGAACGGGCCAAACACAGCCCCAUCGCUGCCAUGGGAGAACAUGUCUGCCCGGUCGUCCCCGGUGGAUGAAGACGGCUGUCCGAUUCUGAUGGACAAUGGCAAUCCAUAUCCGUCUCGGGACCGAUUCGAGGUGCUGCAGAACGAACUCCUGCUGGACAACGAUGAUGCGUUCCGCGAGGUUGGCAGGCUGGCUCCCCGUGAAGGCCGCGAAAGGGUCCGUGUCACCCAAACAAGGAAGUUCUGGACUGGGCUGGAGCGGAUGGCCCAGUACUGGGACACCAGCUUGGACAACUACUAUGAGCGCCCCAAAAACCCCCCGCGACAUGCACCGGUCCACGAGAGCGAGGACAGGAUGCAGACGGAUGAAGAAGACCAGCCGGAGACAUCCAUGGAUGUAGACCAAUCGCCGCCAGGACAGAGCUCUGCCGAGAGCCCCAACUCGCAUUCGGAGGAGCAUGAGGAAAUGGUCCGGAUGUACAAAGGUCGCCGCCUGGGGACCGGGAAUGAAAUGCCGGAUGAGGUGCGCGACGAGACCGUCCGGGCUCUGACCGAAAUGGCGGCAUGGCCCUUUGGCUGCCAGGCGGCGCUGCCUAUCUCCCCGCCUCGGUUGGCCGUCAAGAACUUGCUCUUUCCUGUCCGACACACCUUCCAGGCCGCACGCUCCCCCAAGGACCGCCAGCUAGCACGAAGCGGUGUCAUCGAGGGCCCUGUCUUCGCGGCUCAGUGCCGUCCCGAGACCACCUUCCGGGGACCACAGAAUUCCCCGGGCUCUGGCCUGGGGGACGUGUGUGACCUGCUCCGCGAGGUGGGUGCCAUGCUUCUGACAGCCCAGGAACGGGGAAGACAGGGACUCACCGAGGUGCGGCCGGGCGAAGGCAAGUGGUGGACAACGGUGCCUCGGUGGGGUGGCGCUCCCAAUGAUACGGUGGGCGAUGAUCACAAGGACAGCAGCGAGGAGGACAAGCCGGCCUCGGAGUUUGGUAACGCCCGCAAACGCUCCAAGUACGAGCAUCCAUUCCUGGCAACUCGUCGACCAAGCGCCGGGCGGAAAUUGAGUAACAGCGAGAAGUGGAAGCUUGUGCAGCCCGGGCCUAGUCUCUGGGAUAGGCGGAUGAGGUAUAUCCAAAUUGGCAAACCGUUUGACAGUCCGUUUGACGACAUCUACAUGGUAUCCUCCAUCAACCAUCACCUGGCCAUCCUCCACUUGCGCGUGCACCGACGCUAUCUGGAGACCAUCACCAAGGGAUCAAGCACCUUCCCCCCCGUCACCGACAGCCUGGACCAGCCGUGGUAUGUCCUACAGCUUCGGCGCACCAAGUGGUACGACCUCUUCGACGCGCAAGAUCGAGUCGAGGUGUUCAAGGGCAUCUGGGGCAUCCUUCAUUAUCUUCUGCGGCAGCAGCAGGUGACUGCGCUUUUAAACUGA